AUGUCAAGGAGCUUUGCCGAGCUUGUGGUGGGUUUUGUUUUUUUCAUGAAGAAUAUGAGGUUAAGCAUAGUUUGGAAACAAAUGUUUGUUCAUUCAUCGGUAACUUAAAAGAGUUCAAAACGAGGCACGGCGUUUUUGUUAGUGGAAGAAAAUACAAAACCAAAAAUUAAGGGGGCGUGGUCAAAACGUCCGCCGUUCCCAUGUGACGUCAUGGGGAAAACGCUUAAACUACAGGAAAUAUGAAAGGCGCAUAAAUGGGACAUAAGGAAAAUAUAUGUCUCCUUUAAAAAAAACGCGAUUUUUCUGUUUAAUUUUUUUUUUCAAACACAUGCAGUGUUGAAAGUGAUUCCGCGAAAUUCAAAAUAGCCACCAGAGAGUGAAAACAUAACUGAAUAUCAGAAAUUAAGAUAAAAUGUAUAAUUCCGCACGGCGUUCUUUUGACGACGCCCCUCCCACAAUUUCCGUAAUAUUUGACGUCUUUGGUGCAUACACAGAGCGACGCUAACUUGCAUACUCAUUAAAUUCGAAAAUAAUUUUUUUCCUCGAAAAAUAGCGUUUUUCUCAAAAUUACAGACUUGAAAAAAAUCGAUCCUUUAACAAUUCCUUUUCUAGUUGACAAAAAAACAUUUGGGUGAAAGUUUUUCUUAUUUUCUGAACACUUUUAUACCUUUCACCCUCAAAAUUAGUUAUAGUCCUUUUUUUCAGUGAAAAACGUGAAAUUUUGUGCCGAAAAGGACUUAUUGUGGUUAUGUGUCUUUCCGCACAUAUUAAAAAUAUUAAAAAAAGGUUUUCUUCACAGAUUUAGUUUAGUUCAUCCACCUAGUGGUACUUUUUUCUCCUCUGCAACAUCGCCAUACCAUUCUGAUGUUGCGAAAAUGAAGAGAUUGAUUGAUUCGAAUAAAAAAUUUAAUUUGACACUGAAAAUGCGUAUGAAAGGCUUUUUUUUUGCUUUAAAGGGGAAAUUUUGUCAAAACCCAGCAGUUAACAUUGAAAAUUGAAAAAAAAAGUUCCUUCGCAUUUUGCUGUCGCAAUAAAAAAUAAUUACCGUAAAUCAGAACAAAACAGAUAAAGAUACAACUGAAAUAAACAUGAAAAAUCACCUGAAGCACUUGAGCAACAAGAAAUUCAAAUGUUCGCGCGCAAGCUGUCUACCGUAACUCUAGGUGGAGCAACCUUUCAAAGCCGCUCCGCAUUUUCAAAAUUUUUACAUUUUCUUCCACUACGCAGAACGCCGUGUCCGCGAAAAAAAUUUUUAACGUGGCACGUGCGAGAGCGCCGAGGUGCAUGCACACGACACACUACACUUUACGGAAAAAAUAUAGGCGAGGCGUCGCCAAAAAAAGGAGGGUAUGUGCAAACUUAACACUGUAGCGCUGUAGUCUGAACGAAGAGUGCUUGUUUUCGAAUCCUUAAAAGCAAAGAUAAUAUGUUUUACCUUCUCUGAGAAACCGCCGGUUUGGCACACUGUAUGUUCGAAUUCUGCAUACACCGGUCGCGGUUUUUUGGGCGAUAUCUUCUUAGAACGAGUUUUUUCGUACAAAAAAUAACACGGCUGGCUUGAGCCAGCGGAAAAAGGGUCCUGACACGAUAAUAAAAGAGACAGCGCCUGGUUGGUGGAGAGCGCAUACAGACCACGCCCCCUUAGCGUCCCAAGUUAGCAGUGAAUCGGCUAAAAGUAUAAAUACCUCACUUCCGAAAAAUUCUUUUUUCUUUAGAGAAUUUGUUCAAUUUCAGCGUUCCGAAGAUGAGAGUCUGGUGGAAAUUCGAAUCUUUGAGCAACUUCAGAGCGACUUUGAUAAAUCUUUCGGACAUUUAUAUCAAAUGAUGCUCAAAUUCGCGAAUACGGGCAAGGUUGACGAAGAAGGAGAAAGUUCUGGAAUGUAGCUAGGAAAUUCUAGAAUGUAGAGGAUUUGGAGUCGUUCGUCAGGACCACCAACGACAUGGCCGCUGCCUUCAGCCACGUGAGCCUCCUCUUCUUAUUCCACUCGGAUUUCUUCAGAGCGUCUUCUUGGGCAACUGCUGCUCCCACCGCGUCUCCGUUCUCGAGAAGAAACUCGAGAAAAGCGACCUCGAGCGCGUCCGUUCCGACUUCAUCUCCAAGUGUUACGACGACGCGAUUCUGAAGAUCCACGUCCUGAUGAACCAGAUGGCCGAGGCGCACGACAGUGCCGGCGGGAUCGUUCUCAGGAGCCUCGUUUGUUGGAAAUCAAAGGAGACUGGACUCCUUCCUUUUUAGAAAGAGGCCGAGGAAAGCAAAAUGGCCAAGUUUGCCGAAAUGAACUAUCUGAGUACUGUCGUCCAGGAGCUGGAGCAGAGAAACAAAAAGUUGCUCAGAAUCGACGUCUUCUUAAAUUCAUUUAUUUUAAGACUAAACCAGGAGAUUAAAGACUACAAGCGUCGACUUUUGAUGGAAGAACUGAAAACAAAAUACUUGAGCACGGUUUUUUUUUUCAUUCGCUUUUUGAGACUUCUUCUUGUUUUAUUCAGGAAAUGGCCGGUCGAGUUCAACAAAUAGAACUGUUGCAAAACACCAAGCUGGACGUCGAAGAAAAAACUCGCGUUUGGAAGCAGCUCGACACGGAGAUGAACGUCCAGAAGCUGAAGACGGUCGUUAUUUCCAAUAGGUCUGAACUUUCUGAGUAUUCCGAAGCUAUGACUCUUUUGAAAUAUAAUUUUUUUUGAGGGUCGCCAACACCGAUAAAACUGAAGUUGUGAACGACACGGGUAGCCGAGCCGUGAAGAUGGGCGGCAUCAGAAGCGUCUUCAUUUCGAAAACAAAACAAAACCAAGGCCUUGGAAUUGAAAUUAUGGUUUCUCGGUUCAAUAAAGGAAGCUUUAAUGGCAGUAAUUCUCCUAGGGCGGAGUCGAUCGGUGUCUUCCCAUUAUUAUCAGCAACAAACUGAAAGGCUCAGUUGCCGACGCCAGUAAGGUAUGAAUAGGGGGCGCAAAGCCCCGCCCCUUCACGCCACCAAAAUGACGAUUUUUUUGUUGCAAAAACGGUUUUGAGGCGUUUAUACUAGCUAAAGUCCCACUUUAAAAAUCAACUGUUUCUGAAAACCUAUGUAAUCGACAACGCUCUACAAGACUGAAUAUUUUUUUAAAACUAUGUAUUUUUACCGUAUGAAUCUCGGAAAACCCUUGUUCUCGUAAAAUCAAGUACUAUAGUCUGUGUGCUAUGACUUGAAAUUUCAUCGAACGACAUUCCGCUGUUCCGCUGCGUGCGAAGCGUCUUUCGAAUCUAGGUCACGCUUUCAAUUGAUUGUUAUUGCUGUGGUAGCACAUAAAAGUAGAGUACUUUGAUGAAAGAAAAAAAAAAAUUAGAAGCGCGACCGAGGUUCGCAAAGGCGCGCAGCGGCACCGCGGAAUGUCGUCUGGGGAAAUUUCAAGUCGUGGCACACAGACUAUACACAGACUAUAUUUGCAGUUACGAAUCGGUGAUACCAUCGUUGCGGUGAACGAUCGAAGUCUAGAAAGUGCGACAUGUUCCGAGGCGACGAAAAUCUUGCAAGAGGAGGUUGAGUUCUUGAUAAGUUCUUUUUGAAACUUUUUUUCAGGCCAAAAAAGAAUUCAUUUGGUUCUUGGUCUCCUACGUGCACGUAGGAUCCGAGGAAGACCUUCAACUCUUUGAGGACGACCUGGUCCUGCGGGAAAGCGCAGCCAAAGAAGCUGUCGACGACUUGAAGACGGCUGAAAUUUGGAACGACACAGCACUAAACUCCCUUCCGAGCGCUUCUUCCGACACGAGCACCGAUUCCAGUUCUCGGUCCGGAAGCAGCUCUUUCGCUAGCAGUGACGAUGUUUCUAAAGACACCUCGAAAUCGAUUUGAACUUUCCCGUAAACAACUUUUUUAUUGGUUUAAAUAAAUUUCUUUACUGUUGGAUUUUUCUAUAACAUCAAGAAGGGUUGAUUCAGUUAUUGUGUUUUCGAAACGUGUCUAUUUGCAAAAUUUACUUAUCAAAUCGUUUUUUUGAUUUUUUUCGAGAGAUUUUAUCAUUGACAAGUAAUAAUAUUAAAAAAACUUAUCAGCAUCAGAAUUCUAAAAGAGGGGAGAAUGAACAACUUUUCAAGGAAAUUGAACAACUUUCCAAUUUUUCCCGCACAAUCCCGCGGGCUUCAAUAAAAUUUUCUUGUUCGGUGGCGCGAACUUGCUGAAAAGUGCUUUUUUCUUUUGGAUUCAGUUCCUAUUGAAAACUGUCAAAAUCUGUUUCUAGCCUUCAAUUGUAGUUUUUAUUGUUCAUCGGAGCUCUGAAUUAGGUCUUCCUACGUUUUCUGAGGUUGUCCUGGGCGCAUGAACAACCUCGGAGUCAAUUCAUUGUCUGCAGUAAGUUUUUAUUAUUUGCAUUAUAAGGCUUAUAAAUCGUUUUUUUUCCCUCUAUCCGAGCUUACUUGCAAUUUUUUUAUUUAGAAACCGCAGAUUGGACGAAGCGAGUAUGGUCGCGUGAAAGUUGCUCUACCGCCGGGCAAAGGCUUUCUCGAUUGGGUGCGACUGACGUCCAGCAAGGUGCGACCUUUCGUUCAAUUCGAUUUUCCCACCACUCUUGCUCUCUCACUUUUCCCAUUUAAUCAUGUCUGCUUUAACUAUGGCGCUUUCUUCCAUUGAGCGCCUUAAUUGAAAAGCUUUCUCCGCCCUACACAAUUUCCUAAAUCACCGAAAUAAAGCUAUACUCACUAACUUUUUUUCUCAAAGAGAAAAAUGAAGAGCCAAGAUUUUUUUCUUUACAUCUACUGUUUGAAAUGUGUUCAAUUUAUCGAUUUCUUCAGAACGUGAGUUUAAUUUUUUUGAAUACCUUUCGUUUUUUUUUUUGGAUUUUUUAGAUUUUUAAGAUUUAUAAAUUUUUGCAAAAUAAUUCAAGCGAAUUUCCAAUCAUUUCCUCAUUGGAUCUUUUUCAGGUACUAGCGAAAAAAAGAGGCUUCAGUCCGUAGAUGACGUUGAAUUGUCACGACACAACAAGCGAUCCGAUUGCUGGAUUCACAUUUUCGGCCAAGUUUUCUACAAUAACUAGAAUAUAGCGAACAUUAAAAGUUUUAGGUUUACGACGUGACACCUUAUUUGGAAUUCCACCCUGGCGGCGUCGAUGAACUCAUGAGAGCUGCUGGAAGAGGUCCAUAUCGGAAUUCUCGGUUAUAAGGAAUUAACUUUUUCAGACGGCACUCCGCUGUUCAACCAGUACCAUGCCUGGGUCAACUACGAGAGUAUGCUCAAGUCUUGUUUAGUCGGACGGUUCUCCGGAAAUCUUUCCAAUCGUCAGUUCUCGCCUUUGGAAAAAAAAAAUUCCAGAAUUUUAGAAUCCCCCUCCCAGAGCUUAUUCGUACAAGCCCCCUCCCAUUUCAGAAUGACUCCCCUCCCAAAAUGCUCUUCGCCUUUGACUUGAUCCUAGCUUCUUUCAGUGAAACCCUGUGACCCUCCGACAACCACUGAAGACUUUGUGCCGACUUCUUCCAAUUUUCUGAGCGUCGGAGCAAUCGCGCAGCCGCCGCUCAAUAGGUCCCGUUUCGGAGCAAAGUCAGUCCAUUUUUCGAAUCUGUAAAUUAUUCCCUUCCAAGAAUCGAGUCGUUUUCUAAUGGCGUGAAACUCGUAUCAGACGAGUGGAUGGAGAUACAACAACAGAAUGUCGUCGUUUCUUCUGGAGACUCCUUCCGUGUUUUGGUCCGUCCCUUCGACAAGCCACCGAUGGAGUUCAUUUGGAGUAACCUUGUUCUGGUUUGAUGCUUCUGAACUAUGCUUUCUAGAGAACGCCAAGAAGUUCUUGGGCGGUAGGUACUAUCGAGUCGCGGUUAUUUCGAAAGGCGUCGAAAUAACUUUCCUGUCGAGUGAGGUAUGCAGUUUACAAGAGAACUGUUUUUAGGUUGAACUUUUGACGAAACUUCGCAGGGAUGUACUUUAAGGCAUGAUGAGUCCAAAUCAAACAUGAAUUUUCUUGAAUUUCGCCUGGUAGUCGAGUUAUGACGGCUCAAAGUUUGCAAGUGAGAAGAUUGGAACGCAGCAAGAAGUAAUGUGUCACGCAAACGAGCCUUGUCAGAAAGUUGGUCGCUUAGCGUAGUGGCUAACGUGCUUGCACGCUAUGGUCAGGGUUCGAAUCCUUCCAACGAAAAUUAUUUUUGGAAGAAAUAUAGGAAAAAUGUUGAAUUUUAAUAAAAAAAACUCUUUCUUAAAACUGAAGAGGCCCCCAAUUUCAUUCGUUAAAACGUGAUUUUUCAAAAAUUUCUCCGUUUUGAUCAGAAAUUAUCUAUUCUCUGUUUGACGUGUACGUUGCAUCUUGACUCGGUCCCCCUUGAAAUGUCGUUCGAAAAAAGUUUGAACCUUCACUUUUGAGGAACCAGAGCAAAAUGAGGAUCUCGCCAAAGUUCUUGAUGACUUUUCUUGUGACGUUCAACGGAGACCAGGUCGGUUUCAUGUCCUUGGCUUUUGUGCAGGAGAAGUUCCAGGCGUUUCCUACCACACCUGCGAAAUCAUCUCCAAGCAGCGACUGACCCACGACGUUUUCCUCUACGAGCUCGACCUGCCGCCGGCGACAUUUUUCCGGAUCCCCUGCGGCCAUCAUGUUUCUGUGAAAGUCCGCAAAGGAGGUUUCGCCUUUUUAUUCCGUUAAAAAAAACAAGAGCUUUCGAAAAACGGUAGAAAAAAGGUCACAUUUUACACGGCGUUUCCCGUCAGAUAUGAUGUUUCUAGUGAAUGCACCCGAAAUUUUACAUACAGUACUGGCCAUAAAGGUAUUUCAAAGUGGUUAUUCGAGCAUAACUUCUCUGAAAGUGACUCAAAUGACUUGAAACUUCGCACAGAUUUUAAAUAGCUACGCAGUAACAUUUUCUCAGAAGAAGAACUUACUUGCUUGAGUCAAACAGGAUUUGAAAGCAAAAAACCAAAAAUCGUGAAAAUGAAGAUUUUUCUCUAGAGGUUCGAAAAAUCAUAUCUUCAAAGAAACUUCGAUUUUCAAUUAGAAACUUUUUUCCCCAGUAAAACAAAUCUUCGACUUUCCAAAAAACCUAAUCAGCCCCCUAUCAACCCGAUAGCAAGAGCGUAGUGACUUUUUCUUCGAAAGGCCUUUGCGUUUUGACGCCUCGUCAUUCAAAUGGACUAUACGAGGUCAAUUUUGUUCGAGAACACCCUGUAUCAUGUUGAAAAAAACUUCAAAACCUCCUCAAGAAUAGUUUCACACUGUUUUUCCUCAGCUUUCUCACUUUACCCGCUCUUCAGAACUCACUAACUUCUCUGGGACCGAUUUUUGAACCUCUGAUUCGAACAGUUUUUUUCUGGACUUUCGGGCAUUCAAAGGAGUUUUUUUAUCUGAUCAGUCGCUUUUUCAAUCGUGAAAUCGAAAAUAAAUAAUGAAUAAAUUGCAGGCUCCUACUUUCUAAAGACUGCUAAUUUUUUUGCUGAAGCAUUAGUUUCACAAGACCAAAAAAACUUAUUUUUCCAUAAGAUUUAAAGAAACAUUUUUACAGUGCCUAUUUUUUCUAUCUGAGAGCUAGGAAGAGGAGUUACAAAUUUAUCUAAUGAUCUAAAACAUUUAAAAAUAUGAAAAAGGGGUUUUUAUCAUCUUUCACAAGAUUUGGAGCCUUCUAAGCAACACUUGCUUAAACGGAGUUUUGAGAACUUGGAGGAACUCAUUAUAACUCACUAUAUCUUUUGAAUAAGUAAGCGAAACACAGUGAGUCUCCUUUUAUUUUCAUUCAUUAAGGUUCUGGAAAAGCUUUGGAAUCUGAAAUGAGAAAUCGAGAGUGUUCUGAUUUUGAAAAACGAGCAUAACCGCUUCAAAUCAGAGGUUCAAAAUCGGUCCCAGAGAAGUUAGUGAGUUCUGAAGAGCGGGUAAAGUGAGAAAGCUGAGGAAAACAGUGUGAAACUAUUCUUGAGGAGGUUUUGAAGUUUUUCAACAUGAUACAGGGUGUUCUCGAACAAAAUUGACCUCGUAUAGUCCAUUUGAAUGACGAGGCGUCAAAACGCAAAGGCCUUUCGGAGAAAAAGUCACUACGCUCUUGCUAUCGGGUUGAUAGGGGGCUGAUUAGGUUUUUUGGAAAGUCGAAGACUUGUUUUACUGGGGGAAAAAAAGUUUCUAAUUGAAAAAUCGAAGUUUCUUUGAAGAUAUGAUUUUUUUCGAAUCUCUAAAGAAAAAAAUCUUCAUUUUUCACGAUUUUCGGUUUUUUUGCUCUCAAAUCCUGUCUGACUUGAACAAAUGAGUUCUCCUUCUGAGAAAUAGUUACUGCGUAGCUAUUCAAAAUCUGUGCGAAGUUUCAAGUCAUUUGAGUCACUUUCAGAGAAGUUAUGCUCGAAUAACCACUUUGAAAUACCUUUAUGGCCAGUACUGUACUUCCGAAGUUUUUUAAUUGAUGAACAAAAAUGAAUUUUGAAAGCUAAGAAAGGGGAACAAUUGUUAGUUGCUCAUUUAUUCAAUGUAAAAACGAACAAUACUCGGAAAAAAUCGAAUUUUUUUAUUGAAAUAGAAAGCUGCCAAUAAUUUAGAGAAUUUUUCGCCCCUGCGUGGAAAACGCCGUUUAAAAAAAUCGCUUUAACAAUUUUUUUCUGGUUGAUGUUUUUUUUUUGAUUUCUUAUUAUUUUUUGUUUAUUCCAAUCAGAGGAGAAGUCAGUAAAAAAAGUUUAGGUAUAUAUAUAUUUUUUUAAAGAAAUCUUGCCAAUUGUUUUGAUACAUUCAAAACAAAAAAAUUAAUAAGAAAAAAAUUAGAACGAGGUCUCGAGGCGACGACCCUUUUUUUCAGUAUUUUUUUAAAAAUAGUAUAGAAUUUAAAGUAAAGCUUCCAAAAAGGCAGAAAACUAUCACACAGGCAAUGUCCAAACGACCUCAAAAGCUUCUUUUUGAGCUCCUAAAAAUGUGUCAAAAUUUUCUCGGCCUCGUUUUUUUAUUCCUCCUUAAUAGAUCUAGAAAAAAAGGCGCCUUUGUGGCCUCUUUUACAAAAGUCCUUUAGAGGCCCCUUGGACUUUGCCCGUGUACAAACAAGCCUUUUUAUUCAGGAGCGACCCUCUACCGUCCAUACACUCCAAUCAUGAACGAUCGGUGUUCGGCUGUGGGAAAUGACUCCGAAGAGUAAGACUUGUGGCUCUCUUCAUUUCUCGCUUUCAUAGAACACACGGACCUGGCUCUCCAUCCAGCAAGACGCAUCUUUUCUUGAAAAUCUACAACGAUGGGAUCUGUACACCGUCUUUGGAAGCUCUAGCUGUUGGUGAGGCUCCGACGGGCUUCUGGCCAUAUAAAGAACGUUCAGGCGAUAGAUUAGAACUGAGCGAUCCGAUCGGAACUCGCGAUUUCGUCGGAUGGAUGAGCGACGCCCAAGUCGCAGUUUUCUUGGCCGCCGGCUCAGGAAUCACGCCGAUGGUUGAUUUGGUCCAGCAACGACGCAAACGUCAAAGGUUCGGGAUUUCAAAAUCUCAAAAAAUCUCGCUCCAGAGUUAAUAUCAAGCCUCUAAAAAUGAGGGUCUGUGAAUAGAGUAAGUAGAACUUUAGGAAUUUUAUAGUGGUCCUUAUAGAGGUUGGGGGGAAACAGCCUUCAUAGGGGCUAAAAAGUGGUCCCUAUAGGAGUUUAGGAUCUGCCCCUUUAUCCCCUAAAGCUUAAGUGGUCCCCAUAGGGGUCUUCAAUUUGAUCCAAAUAAAGUAAUUUGUUUAUUUUUUUGCAUGAAAAUGCUUCUUCGCACAGAGUUCAUAAAAUUUUUAGUGGCCCUUACAGGGGUUGGUAAUGUGGUCGCUAAAUUGGCCCUAGAAGGACCCCUAAGAUUUUUCACGUAAAUUUCUUUUAUUCAAAUUUUUCUAGAGAAAUAAACGCGCAAACUUUCGUGGUGUUGUUCAACAAGACGGAGAAAGAUUUGUUCACGAGGUCGGAAGUUGAUUGGACCGUACCUUCUUGGUCUACGAACGUCGAGGAAGGAUUCUUUGUGAGUUCCGUGAAAGGUCCCACUGAAAAAAAGAGCUUUCUUGAGGUGCGAGACGUUCUGAGCGUGCCGUCGGAUAGAAACGACGAGCUCUACGAUGUUGGACGGGUCCAUGCAGAUCUGCUCAUACGGCUAGGAAUCGAGAAGUCUUCACAGGCAUCCAGAAAAGCCUUCAUAUGCGGACCUGACGGCUUCAUUGUGGCUGCCAAAGAGUUUGUUUUGAAUCUAUAUUUGAGAUUCCUUAGGAAUUUUAGAGUGGUCCCCAUAGGGGUGAGGGCGAAAACAGCCUCCACAUGGACUGAAAAAGUGGACCCUAUAGAGGUAAAAUUAAGGUGGUUCCUAUAGGGGUAUAGGAUCUGACCCCUUAUCCCCUAAAGCUUAAGUGGACCCUAUAGGGGCCUUUCAAUUUCAUUCAAAAAAGGCUUAUUUUUUCAGUUUUCCCCAUGGCAAUGCUUCUUCGCUCAGAGUUCAUAUAUCGACUAUCAUGUCCCCUAUAGGGGCCACUAACUGAAACCCCAAUGGGGACUACUUUUGCAAGCUUUAUGAUCUCCUAUAGAAUAAAGCGGUCUCAAAAAGGAACCCUCCAAGAACCUCUAAGGUGCCUCCUUAAGAGAUUCUCUGAACAUAUUUCUCUGAACAUAGGAACUCCAGAGGACCAAUCUGGAGUUCCUAUGUUCAGAGAAAUACUGGAGUAACGAAAAAAUCUGCAAGAUUGAAAGUGGAAGUUUCGAAAACCUUGAGAAAUAUAUAACGAUCCCAAAAAAAAAAAAGAUUUUCCGACGAUGAUGGUUCUUUUUUUACAUUUCUAUAUGAGGUCAUUACCAUUUUUUACCAUAUCCAUCGAAUUUCCAUAACAAAACGUUUGAAGAGCGCUAGAAGAAGUUGGGUUCGCUCCGGAUUCGAUACACGUGUUCAACGGAUAG